UCACUUGCAUUCAAAACAGCUAACUUUACAUUCCUGACCAUUUCUUUGAUGAGCGAUCUUUAUUUUCAACAUGAAUGUUUAAGCUGAGGAAGCAUGGAUCCUCAACAAGCAGAACCAUGGGCAGCACCUGGAAAUCCUCCAAUGGCAGCAGAGGGCCCGACGGCCCCACCAGCAAGCAUGCUGGAUAAAGUGGCUGGUUACGAAUCAAUAACAAUCGGUGAUGAGGAGAGAUAUCUACCUCCCCCGGUUUAUCCAGUGCCCAGUGCAGAGGGCGGCCAGCGACAGCAUGUUCAGCAGUGGAGUAUUCCCUCCAUCAGUGAAGAUAUAGCGAGACAAGCAUUGAUCAAAUAUGCUUCUGAUCAUGUCACUUACAGCAGCCGACCUGCAGAAGAAAUGGUCAUCAAAGAGUUAAAACCAUAUAACAUGUACAGGUAUUGCCUGGAAAGCUUCACUGAAUCCAGAUCACCAGAAUGGAAAAAUGAACCUUACAGCAGUCAGAUUGUCGAUAAUUAUGGCCUUGUAGCACCUCCCCUUCCUUGGGAAGUACCAGUUGACAUUCCAAAAAUGUUUGAGAAAAAUAAAACAAAGGUACAGGUGCCAAACACUGCAUCUAUCAAGGGAUGCCACAGAUGUAUGACCAUGGGUAAAGUACCAUGCAAUAAGUGUCUUCAAACAGGACGGGUGAAAUGCUGGAUUUGUCAUGGUAAUGGCUCUCGGUUUGGCGGUGAGGACAGAUGUAAUCAUUGCAUGGGCAGUGGGAUGGAAAGGUGUCAACCCUGCUCUGGAUAUGGUUGUCAGGUGUGCAGUGUUUGCCGGGGCCAAGGAAGAUUGUUUUUCUACAUUCAAUUGACAGUAAAAUGGGAAAACCACAAAUUUGAACAAGUUAUCGAUCACCAAUGUGGAUUACCUGUCAAGAUGCUCAGCAAAGUCACCGGGCACCAGCUGUUCAGUGACCAACAGUUUCAGGUACAUCCAUUAAUGACCUUUCCAGAUCCCAGGAUUAACCAGAUGUCGCAACAGGGGAUCCAGGAGCAUUGGACCCAGUUUGGCAAAAUCUCACGCAUAAUCCAACAGCGCCACACUGUUGAACUCAUUCCUGUUGUCCAAGUACAUUUCCAGUGGAAAAGAAAGGAGCACAGUUACUUUGUGUACGGCAUUGAAAAUAAGAUUCAUGCUCCGGAAUAUCCUGGCAAGAAUUGCGCAAUUAUGUGAACUGUUUUAUAUGCCAAUUCCCUUUUCUAUUUACUGCAAACUCAUUCAUUGUUUCUUAUAAGCUUGUAUCUCCAGAAAGAGUUAAAUAUACAUAUUAAUGGGAUGAUUAAUCAAUGAGUCGAUAUAUACAUGCACAAACAUAUAUAUGAAGCACCUGUGAAUUCUAAAGUAAUUCUUAAUGCAGGAAGGAGACAGAGAAUCAUAAAAUUCCUACAGAGUGGAAGCAAGCCAUUCGGCCCAUCAAGCCCACACUGACCCUCCAAAGAGCAUCCGACCCAAACCCACCAACACCCUGCCUUCCCCAUGGCUAAUCCACCUAACCUGCACACCUUUGGGACUGUGGGAGGAAACUGGAGCACCCGGAGGAAACCGAUGCAGACACAGGGAUAAUGUGCAAACUCCACACAGACAGUGGAAUUGAACCCAGAUCCCUGGCGCUGUGAGGCAGCAGUGCUAACCAUCGAGCCACUGGGCUGAAAGAAGCGCAUCGAAUUGUCUUAAACUUCGGUGCAGAGUAUCUGGUUAUAUUUAAGUUAGUUUGAAAUUUUGUCUGCACCAGGUUGGUCAGCUAUUAACUGUAACGCUGGCUAGCAUUUCAUUUUGGUGAUAAGAGACUCAUCUGCCAUGAAUGGAAUUAAGUGGCCAAUGUUGGGCCUUCUGUUAGAUUUUGGAAAGCAGAGGUGUAAAUCGUUUAAAGGUUGGCACCACUAUUAAGCCAGGUCCCUUAAUUGGGCCUAGGGUUUGCAGGAUGACCUUUGUUAGAUGGCAUUGCAUCUUCUGUUGGUUGGACACCAGGUGGGAUGAGGCCACAAUUGUCCUUCAGGCAGGAAGGCCAUCCACAGGUCUUUCCCCCUUCCUCUACCCCCAGCUCCCACUCCCCUCCCUCAGAGCAGUGAGGUGGACGAACGUCAAAUUUUGCCUACCACUGACAAGCAAACAGACAAUCCAAACAGAAUUAUUACUGUAUAACCCCAAUGGAAUGGAUGACCAAGUAUGUGCAGCUUGGCUGGAUUGGCCAUGCUGAAUUGCCCGCUGUGUCCAGGAAUGGGCAGGUGAGGUGAUUAGCCAUGGGGAAGGUAGGGUUACAGGGUUGGGGUAGGCUGCUCUUUGGAGGGUCGGCGUGGACUCAAUGAGCCAAAUUGCCUGCUUCCCCACUGUAGGAUUCUAUUCUAUGAAAUUCCAUUUGAUUUUGUGCUUUGGGAUAAUCAAUGUGGAAUUCUAAUCCAUUCUCUGUGCGUCCCAUUCUGCAAUUUAUUUACCUCUUUGUAUUGUAACAUUAAAUGUGAUGGUUCAAAUGUUACUCCCAAAUCUAUUUAAGUGUCUCUGUGCUAAAUCUAUAUCUUCCAUUAAGAUAAGCAAUUUUCAUGGAGCUUGGAAUAUUUUUAAUUUUGCUAACAAGUAUUAAUUUUCAUUUGCUAAUUUUUGGCUCAAUGGUGCAAGUGUUCUAAAUUCAUUGGCAAACAUUUAUCUGCAUCCUUUGGCUCUGUGACACCUUAUUAAAUAGGAGCUAUUCUCGCUCUCACAGAUGGGAUGUGAAGUUAAAACUGCUCAGAUAGAUGAAUUUAAAUCCUUUUACAAGGGAAGGUUUUAUUCUAGUACAGUUAAGAAAGAUAUGUAGAAUCUAGAGAAAAUUUGAUUGGGAAGAUUAACUUUGGAGACUUUCCAAAUUGGUAAGACCGAAGAAUUUUGACUCUUGCACCUUGUGCAUUGCAGGGUUUAACAGAUUGUAAUUGGAUCUAAUUUCAGGAAGGUCAGCGAAGGUCAAGGGAGGAGUUUGCAGGAAGAGGAACAGCAGUGGUACUUAUAAUAGGACAGAUGCCUCAAUUAUUAAAAGGCAAAUUUCUGGUGGUAAUCUGGUAAAAUAGCAAAGAAUGACUUAAACCUCUGCUAAAACAUCCAAAACACUAUUGUCUAAUAUGCCGUCGAGGACCAAAAUAAUUUGGUUAAGGAGUACGUUCCAUGUAAAAUAACUGCUGGCUGAUAGUUUAGGAUUGGAUUUGCUACUUCAAAGAAAAUAUGGUUUAAUAAUUAAAUUUUGAUAUUCUGAACAAA